AAUUAAAAAAAUAACCAAAUUAAUGUCUUUUUAGUUUUAAAAUGUUAUGUCCAAAUCUAUUAACCAUUUAAUUUAUUAAAAAUAAAAAAAAUUAGUUAAGUGAAAGUUAUAUUUUUAAAUAUAAGAAAUUUGAGAAAUGAUUUUUUUUUAAAUCUAAAUAUUUGAACCGGAUCUGAAAUAACCGAAUCCGAACUAAAAGUAUUUGAACUCAAUCCAAAGUACAGAAAUACCGAACGGGUUCUACACCUUGAUACCAAAAUAGCCAAAAAUUCGAAAUAUCCACUCCGAACCCGAACGGUACCUGAACGCCCAUCCCUAGACUAUACCUUAUUUUGGGAAUUAGUUUGAACUUUUUUAUAUGUCAGGAAUAUCCACAUAUUAAUUAAAAAAGAAAAAAAAGCUACCAAUUCUCUUUUCUAUUUGCACUACAAAUGUAUAUCCAAAAUAGUGUCCCAUCGAGAUCGAUGAAUUAAUAUAUAUAUAUAUAUAUAUAUAUCUUGACUCGUGUAAAUAGACUUUAAGGUCUAUCUUGACAAAAUCAAAACUACAAAUAAAUUAGUCAAAAAUAAAACUACAAAUAAUUCCUGGCAGAAAUGCUUUUUUUUUUGUCUAGGAGAGCGCAAGACUAGACUUGUUACUAGUGUCCAAGAAGUGAAACAACGCGGUUUCAUUCCUUCUAAAAAGAUUAUAAUUAAUUAUUUCACUCUUCUAAUUAAUAAUAUUUUAUCUUCUUCUGAGUGUUUUUCUUCUGUCUGCAUUUUGAAACUUACAUGUGUGUGGAUUGAUUUUCCAUACAAAUUACAAAAGGUCAUUUUGACGAUCAGCUUAACUUUUGUUUUUUAUGUAGCAUCUUAAAUUGUUUUGACCAAGGGCAGAUUUAUAAGUUUAAUAACUGAAGACAUAACAUUAACAACAAAAUGGUCAACAAACUACUAUAAACAUUUAUCCCAAAAUAUAAAACUGGAUAUCACAAAAAUAAAAUUUAUUAAAUAAAAUUAUUAAAUUACUUUAAAUCCUAAACACUAAACUCUUAACCAAAAUAGAAUAUAUGUAUAUAUUGUAUAAUUAAUAUAUAUAUAUAUAUAUAUAUUUACAAAAGUUUCAAUUUUUAGUGUUUAUUAAUUUAAUAUAUCUAUUUAAAAUUAUAGUUAUAAUUAAUGAUAUAAUUAUCUUUUAAUAUAUUAAUAAAUUAUAUAGUAUAUUUUCAUUUUUUGUUAUUUUGGAAUAUAAAUUAUUUUAAUCUAAUAUCAGUGAAAAUGGAUUCUACACACUAGAUAGUUUUAAGAAAUUUCAAAGUUAAUUUAUAAAUAAAUUGACAAGAAGGUCUUCUUUCAAACAUAUAUAAAUUAGGGUAUAGUUAACAAUCUAUUCUAUUAAAAUAAAAAUAUUUUGAAAUUAAUAUCGCAUUUCUGUGUGUUUUAUAGGAAAUACAACUGUUUUCUUAUUAUCUUUAUGACUUUCCUUGUAAACAAAUUACUCAUUAUUUAUACAUUAAACCGUUUAAGUAAAAUACAUUAUCAUGCAUGAAGUUAUAUUAUCAUCUAGUGAAAAUUUAUAAUUUUUAUAAUUUUAUUAUUUACAUAACUAAUUAAAUUCAUAAAUAAUAUUAUAAAUAAACAGUUUUCUGUUUUAAUUUUUGAAAUAAAAAUUAUAUUAUUUAUAGAGUUUUGCUAAACUAAAGAUUAGUUAAAUAUCAUCCACCGUCAUAAUAUGCUGAAUUAUUAAAAAAAAUAUAAUGCAUUUGUGAAAAUUAAAUGAUCAGUACAUCUUACAUUUUUAUAUCUACAAGAUAACAAGACUAAAACAAUAUAUUAUAUAAAAUGAUUAAAAAUAAAAAGUUAAAAUUAUUUUUAUAUUAAAUUGUGGUUUAAAAUCUAAUGAUAAAUUAAAAUUGAAACAAUUAAGAUCAGUUAAAUACAUUUGUUACUUUUAAAAUAAUACUAGAUCUUGACCCGUGUCUCCGCACGGGUAUUUGUUUUUGAUUUUUGUAAACGUUUAAAAAUUAAAUACAUACAUUAUUGUACUAAUUAAAUUAGAAGAUGCUAAUUAAUUAAAUAUAAAUGAGUUAGUUUUAUUAUUCAGAAAAUUUUAGACGAUUUUGAUUAAUUUAAUUUUUAAUAAACCAAUAAAUUAAUCUGAUCAUUUAAUCUAUUUUAUAAUUUUUAUGGAUUACGAAAUUGACUUUUUGAUUUUGAUUUUUUAAAUAAAUGAAUGAUUGUAUAUCUUUUAAAUUUAUUAGAUAGCUAAAUAGUAAGCAAUUUCAUAACAAAUUUAAUGAAAAUUGCUAUUUAUAAGGCCAAUGGCAUUGGAUGAUAAUUAUUAAGGAAAAUUUAGGAUUAAAAUUUAUUUGUACUUCAGUUUUAAUAGUUUAGAUAUUUAAUUGAGAGCUAAAAAGAAAUAAAAAGAAUAUUGGAGCCGUGAAUUCAAUUAACUCAGCAUAACGGGACGUGGUUUGCCCAAUUUGGCUUGAAGUUAUAACUAUAUUUUUCUCAAAAAAAGAAAUCCAUAUUUCACUGAGGGCACGUGCACCCAUAGUUUUCAAGCUGAAACUGCCCCUGAUUUUGACUACCUAAUAUUUUAAUAAAUUGUUCUCAGGCUAGCACCUCAAGCCACUGUCUAUUAUACAUGGCGUGAGAAGACGAGAGACAACAUACACAGGGAAGUGGACACCAAACCAGCUUGCAAAAGUAAUAGAGAAGACCAUUAGAGCAUCAGCAAUGCUGAUACCCUCUUUCUCGAUAACUAAGGUAAGUUUUCUUCUUAUUUUAUUAUUUUUAUUUUUUAUUCAGUUUAAAAAAAAAAAAAGCCAAUCGCGGGUUCCCACGUGGCAAUGAGAUCCGCGCACAGUGAAAAAUCAGUGGAAGAUUAAUCCUUAGCUAAAGAUUAAUUUGGCAUAUAUUUUUAAAUAUAGAAAGUCCCACAGAUUAUUAUAAUAAAUUUAAUGCUAAGGAUUUUGUUAAAAAUCACCAUUGGAGGUGGUUUUAGGCAAAGGAUUGUAUCUAAUCAAUACCAUGAGCAGAAAGGGCUCGCAGGAUUGUUGCAGCGUUGGUUUGGUGCUCACAUUGAGCAAGGAUAUGAGUUUAGAACGUAAAUAUAUUGUUUUUAGAUUUAUUUUGUAAAUAACCAUUCUUUUUUCAUAAUGAUCAAUAAAUUUAACUUUUCAUCAAAAAAAAAUUGUUCUUAGCAUAAAAAGGAUUUAAUGUGUGGAGAAAAACAAGAAUUUUAUGUUAUUACUAAUUUUUUUUGUCAGAAUACUAAACUUUGUAGUUGUUAAAGAAUGCUAUUACUUAAUUAGUUUUAUGUAAACUAUAUAUCGACAUACCCGCGUUAUGUGCAUGUUUUUGUUUAUUUUUCCUUAAAAGUAAUGAAUUGUAUAUAUGUCAGGUUUAAGAUUGCCAAAAAUAGUAAUAAAAAAAUUUAACAAUCGUGGUAUUCUAGUUAUAGUGGAACUCAAAAGGAAAUGGAAUGUUCAUGAAUGAUGAACCCCAGGUUUUAACGGAAGAUAUUUCAGAGCCUUCUAAAAUCAAUACAAUCAUAUUCGCCAUCGUAUGGCUGGCACAGUUUUUUUUUUUGUUUUUUUGUUAUUCAACCCAAUUUCCUAAUAAUCAAUCUAUACACAAUCAUCCGAACUCCCAAAUCCACAAAUCAUAACCUUAACCUAAUAGUUUGUUUCUUCUUUUGUCAAUGAGGUCCUCCCACAUACGUGGAGAAGAGGUGACCUCCCAAAACCAGAAUUGUGCGGCACAGUGAUAUUUUUGCUCACAAGAUAGCUCUCUAUUAUAUUUUAGAUUUAUACGGUCACCGACCACUAGGUCAUCUCGGUUGGGUUAGCCCUGUCCAUUUUUAGAAAGUACUAUCGUUGAGCCUUCGUUUAUCCUUUUUAGGAGACGUUAGUUCCAUUUCCAUUAUAUUCGUUAACUAUUUUAUUUCGAAAAGGAUUAUAUUCGUUAACUUCUCAAGUUCAAAUUUUUUUUUUACUUUUCUCAAAUUUUCCAACUCUCUAGUCGCGAUAUAAGCUGGGGUGUACAAAACGCAUAGUUUUUUAAUAAUCUUACAUUUUCUGAAUAACCUCGGGUUCAUCAUUCAUGAACAAUUACGUACAAUAUACAUUUCGCUGUAUAUUAUGAAGUAAUAUAAUUUCCAACAAUGAAACGUCAAAAUGGAAAACCAUAGUAAACUCUUAAUUAGAAACAAAUUGUUAAAUAUUCAAAAAAUGGAAAUAACAAAAUUGGUAAAAUGACAAAUCAGGAGAAUUAACAAUAACGACUAAAGUUCAUACUGUAUAAAUAUAUACAUGAAUGAUCAAGAAGUUGCAUUGUGUCUCAAAACCUAAAGAUCUUAAUAUUCGAUCACCAUGUCUUAUGCAACCAGAAUGAUGAGCGUUACACUCUCUCUUCAAAUCAUUACAGCUUUUCUCUUUAUUACCGCCACAGCCUCAUCACCUCCAAGCGGCUUCACCAUGGACCUAAUCCACCGUCGCACCAAUUCAUCUUCUUCUCGACGCUCUAAUACUUAUGAUCAACUCCGAUCAUCUCCUUACGCCGACAUCUUCUUUCAAGCCUCCGAGUAUCUUAUGAAACUCAAAAUCGGUACUCCUCCUGUCGAGAUUGACGCAGUCUUAGACACAGGAAGCGAGAUCAUAUGGACACAAUGUUUGCCUUGUCUUAACUGCUACAAACAACGCAAUCCAAUAUUCGACCCUUCCAAGUCCUCCACCUACAAAGAGCAAUUAAAGUGCAGUACCCCUAACCCCUCUUGUGAUUAUACUUUGCUAUACGGGGACCAAAGCUACUCCAGAGGAAGCUUAGCAACCGAGACCGUCACCAUCCAAUCCACUUCUGGCCACUCCUAUGUAAUGCCUGAAACCGUUAUUGGAUGUUCCCACAACAGCUCAGGGUUUAGAACAACCGCUUCGGGCAUUGUUGGUCUAAGUUGGAAAUCUUUAUCUCUCAUCUCUCAGAUGGGAAAAAACAUGCACGGUGCCUUUUCUUACUGCUUAUCCCCUGGGGGAGCUAGUAAGAUCAACUUUGGAAGUAAUGCUAUUGUGUCAGGGAAUGGGACUGUAUCAACACCUAUGUUUACGAAGAAGGAGAAACCCGGUUUCUAUUACCUAAACCUAGACGCGGUCAGCGUUGGGGAGGCACGCGUUGAAACAUUGGGGACCCCGUUUCACGCCGUAGACGGUAACAUAUUAAUAGACUCUGGAACCACUUUAACCUAUUUGCCCGCAAGCUACUGCAGCCUAGUGAGGGAGUCAGUGGAGAAGGUUGUGACUGCGGAACGAGUAACUUUCUCGGACAUCGACAAACUUUGCUACAAAACGAAUACGAUGGAUAUCUUUCCAGUGAUCACAAUGCAUUUCAGUGGAGGUGCAGAUCUUGUUUUGGAUAAAAACAAUACGUAUAUGGCUAAUGGACAAGCCAUUUGUCUGAUGAUUAUGUGUGGUCCGGUAACACCAAUUGCUGAAAAAGCUGUCUUUGGCAACAGAGCACAGAACAACUUCUUGGUUGGUUACGAUCAUUCUUCACUACAGGUUUCGUUUAAACCCACCGAUUGUGGUGUUACACAAGACAUGCCAAGAGACUCAACUUCUGCAGCGUCGUUUUUACAUUUAAACAUUAAGUUUGUUUUAUUUAUAGUUGUCCUUUCACUAAUAAGACUAUAGAGAAUGGUUUGUUUUAUUUAUAUAUAUAUGUCCUUUCAUUAAUAAUA